AUGCUCUCCCUGUCCCCCACACCACCAGCCCCACCAAACUCCCCCUGUCCCCCAAACCACCAGCCACACCAAGCUGUCCUCCUGUCCCCCACACCACCAGCCACACCAAGCUGUCCCCCUGUCCCCCACACCACCAGCCACACCAAGCUGUCCCCCUGCCCCCAUACCAUCAGCCACACCAAGCUGUCCCCCUGUCCCCCACACCACCAGCCACACCAAGCUGUCCCCCUGCCCCCAUACCAUCAGCCACACCAAGCUCUCCCCCUGUCCCCCACACCACCAGCCACACCAAGCUCUCCCCCUGUCCCCCACACCACCAGCCACACCAAGCUGUCCCCCUGUCCCCCACACCAAUUUCCCCCCACUGUCGCCCACACCCCCAGCCACACCAAGCUGUCACCCACACCACCAGCCACACCAGGCACACCAAGCUCUCCCCCUGUCCCCCACACCACCAGCCACACCAAGCUGUCCCCCCUGUCCCCCACACCACCAGCCACACCAAGCUCUCCCCCUGUCCCCAACACCACCAGCCACACCAGCCACACCAAGCUGCCCCCCACACCACCAGCCACACCAAGCUGUCCCCCUGUCCCCCACACCACCAGCCACACCAAGCUGUCCCCUGUCCCCCACACCACCAGCCACACCAAGCUGUCCCCUGUCCCCCACACCACCAGCCACACCAAGCUGUCCCCCUGUCCCCCACACCACCAGCCACACCAAGCUGUCCCCUGUCCCCCACACCACCAGCCACACCAAGCUGUCCCCCUGUCCCCCACACCACCAGCCACACCAAGCUGUCCCCUGUCCCCCACACCACCAGCCACACCGAGCUGUCCCCCUGCCCCCACACCACCAGCCACACCAAGCUGUCCCCCUGCCCCCACACCACCAGCCACACCAAGCUCUCCCCCUGUCCCCCACACCAAGCUCUCCCCGUCCCCCACACCACCAGCCACACCAAGCUCUCCCCCUGCCCCCCACACCACCAGCCACACCAAGCUCUCCCCCUGCUCCCACACCACCAGCCACACCAAGCUCUCAGCCUGUCCCCCACACCAAGCUCUCCCCCUGCUCCCACACCACCAGCCACACCAAGCUCCCCCUGUCCCCCACACAACCAGCCACACCAAGCUCUCCCCCUGUCGCCCACAUCCCUAG